AUGAAACUACUAAGCAUUGGUGGAUUAGCUUUUGUACUUGUUGGAUUGGCUUCAGCAGGACAUCAUCAUGGUGGUGGUGGUGAUGGUGGUGGUCAUGGUGGUUCUGUUAGUUAUAGCGUUGUAACAAAGCACGACGAUUCACAUGGACACGGUGGUCACGGUGGUCAUGGUGGUCAUGGUGGUCAUGGUGGUCAUGGUGGUCAUGGUGGUCAUGGUGGUCAUGAUGGCCAUCAUGAACAUAGUAGUUAUGUUAUAACUUCGCAUGGUGGAGGACAUGACGGCGGACAUGGUGGAUAUGAUGGUGGACAUGGUGGUCAUGAUGGCGGUCACGAUGGAGGACACCAUGGCGGUCACGAAGCUCACCAUUAUCCUAAAUAUGAGUUCAGUUAUGGUGUUGAAGAUAAACAUCAUGGAGAUAAAAAAAGUCAAUGGGAACAUCGUGAUGGUGGCCAUGUGAAAGGUAGUUACUCACUUAAGGAAGCUGAUGGCACUACUCGUGUUGUAGAAUACACUGCUGAUAAACACAGUGGAUUCAAUGCUAAGGUCCAUAAAAUCGGACAUGCCCACGGUGGUCAUGAUGGAGGUCACGAUCAUGGUCACGGACAUGGUCAUGGUCAUGGACAUGGUGGUCAUGGAAGCAGUUACGUUAAUGUUAAACAACAUCAUUAA